AUGUUCGCGGGAUUCCUAUCCAUUGAUUUUGACCGGAAGAAAAAAAAUAAAUAAAUCGGGAGAGUGGGAAACGAAACGGCCAAAGAUGAAGCUGAAAUGGGCGGCGGCGGCGGCGCAUCUGGUGGCGCUGGCGAUCCUCGUGCGGCCGGAGAAGGGGGCGGCGAUGUGGUUUAAUUUGCCGGCGGGCGGGACAAAGUGCCUCUCCGAGCAAAUCUAUAGCGGCGUGCUCGUUUUGGGAGAGUACUUUUCUUUCUCCGGUUCCGACGGCUCCCCCGCCAUGACUGUCCAGGUAAAAUCGCCAUUAGGGAACAUACUCUAUGAAAAGGAUCAUGUGAAUAAUAACGUGACGGCGGGACGGUUUAGCUUCACGACGACGACGGAGGCCGCCGGGCUUUAUGUUAUAUGCUUUCGGAGUUACCGUACAAGUGUAAACAGUACGGUUUCCCUUGAUUGGAAAAUUGGCAUCUUUGCAAAGGACUGGGAUUCCAUUGCAACAACUGAGAAAAUUGAGGGACUCGAGCUGGAGCUGAGAAAGCUUGAAGAAGCAACAAAGGCCAUCCGCCAAAGUACACUCAAUCUCAUGAUAAAGGAUGUAAGAAUGCAGAGGAUGAGUAACAAGACAAAUGCGAAGGUGGCAAGAUACAGCCUCGUUUCCCUGGGAGUCUGCAUUCUUAUUUCAGCUCUCCAAGUCUGGCAACUGAAGAGAUUUUUCAGAAACAAGAGGCUUCUUUAAAUUACUUAGGCCUCUUUCUUUUUGCCAAACAAGAUUAUAGGCAAGGAUUAUUUUUUUAAAAAAAAUAAUCUAGUGACAAAAAUUACUGCCCUCAGUUGAGUAAUUUUUGUUAAAGAGGUUGUGUUGAGAAUUGAUCACCUCAUGUUGGAUAAUAAAUACUUCAUAAAUAU